AUGGCGGUUGCUACCAGAGGAGCCAGAGGUGGAUCUACUUUUCGUGGCCUCUUCUCCUUCCGGAUCUUCAUCUCUGCCAUGUUCUCUCUUCUCUUCGUCGCCACCCUUUCGGUGCUCUUCACCACCAACCCUUCCACAUCCAACGAUGAAUCUGAUCUUCCCACCACUGGUAAUGCAUAUGUGCAUCGAACUUUUUUGGCAUUGAAAUCUGACCCUCUUAGGACCCGAGUGGAUUUGAUACACCAGCAAGCUAAAGAUCACAUAGCUCUAGUGAAUGCUUAUGGUGCUUAUGCUAGGAAGCUCAAGCUUGACAUUUCUAAGCAAUUGAAGACUUUCGAUGAGUUGGCGCGCAAUUUUUCGGAUAUUGCUUCGAAGCCAGCUUACAAAAAGUCCCUGUUUGAGUCAGAUGGUCCAAUUGAUGAGGAUGUGCUGAGGCAGUUUGAGAAGGAGGUUAAGGAUAGAGUGAAGAUUGCAAGGAUGAUCAUUGUUGAGGCUAAAGAGAAUUAUGAUAAUCAGUUGAAGAUCCAGAAGUUGAAGGAUACAAUAUUUGCAGUUCAUGAGUCACUUGCAAAGGCGAAGAAGAAUGGGGCGAUGGCAAGCUUGAUUUCAGCCAGAUCGAUUCCCAAGAGCUUGCACUGUUUGGCUAUGAGGCUGAUGGGUGAGAAGAUUUCAGAUCCUGAGAAAUAUAGAGAUGAGGAGCCCAAGCCAGAGUUUGAAGAUCCCACUUUGUAUCAUUAUGCAAUAUUCUCGGACAAUGUAAUAGCUGUGUCUGUGGUGGUGAGAUCUGUUGUGAAGAACGCAGAGGAACCAUGGAAGCAUGUUUUUCACAUUGUUGCAAAUAGGAUGAAUGUUGGGGCAAUGAAGGUUUGGUUUAAGAUGAGGCCUAUUGAAGGGGGUGCAUUUUUGGAGGUGAAAGCGGUAGAAGAAUUCACAUUCUUAAAUUCAUCCUAUGUUCCUAUCUUGAGGCAACUUGAGUGGGCAAAAAUGAAUCAGCGGCCUGAAAGUGCCACAAAUGAUGCAAACAUUAAAAAUGCCAAGUCCCUGUCCAUGUUGGAUCACCUUCGAUUUUAUUUGCCAGAGAUGUACCCUAAAUUGUAUAAGAUCUUGCUUUUGGAUGAUGAUGUUGUGGUUCAGAAAGACUUGACAGGUUUAUGGAAAAUUGAUUUCGAUGGAAAGGUGAAUGGUGCUGUUGAGAUCUGUUUUGGUUCUUUCCACCGAUAUGCCCAUUACAUGAAUUUCUCUCAUCCUUUGAUCAAGGAGAGCUUCAAUCCGAAAGCUUGUGCUUGGGCCUAUGGCAUGAAUCUAUUUAAUCUCGAUGCUUGGAGGCGAGAAAAAUGUACAGAUAACUACCAUUAUUGGCAGAACAUGAAUGAAGACCAAACUUUGUGGAAAGCGGGAACCCUGCCACCGGGUUUGAUCACCUUCUACUCCACAACCAAGUCAUUGGACAAAUCCUGGCACGUGCUUGGGCUAGGGUACAACCCCAGCAUUAGCAUGGUUGAGAUCAACAAUGCUGCAGUCAUUCAUUACAAUGGAAACAUGAAACCCUGGCUUGAUAUUGCUUUGAAUCAAUACAAAAAUCUCUGGACCAAAUACGUGGACAAUGAUAUGGAGUUUGUGCAGAUGUGCAAUUUUGGCCUAUAG